AACUCCCGAGAAAAGGUUGAUUGAGUCGCUGUUUUCGCAGGGUAUUAAUUAUCGCAAGGGCCGCCGGGGGGAAAUUGAAGGAUGAGUAGCACGAAUUUGGAGACGCGUUCGCUGCUGGACGAAAUCAGAGGGUUCGAUAAUGGCGCAAUGUUUGAUCUGGGCCAUCCCCUCCUGAAUCGUGUUGCGGAAAGCUUCGUCAAAGCUGCUGGGAUUGGUGCCGUUCAAGCAGUAGCUCGGGAGGCUUACUUCACAGCCGUUGAAGGUAUAGGUCAAGAUACUACUGCCGUUCCACCGGAGAUCGGAGGUGCCAAGAAGCAUCAUUCUUUUCCUGGCCUUAGAGGCGACAGCAACAAAAACUCAUUCGAGGCUUUGAUAAAAAGCACUGGAAAAGAAUCUUUGCAAUGGGGCUUUGCUGCAGGAUUGCAUUCUGGUCUCACGUAUGGGCUAAAGGAGGUUCGAGGAGUACACGAUUGGAGAAACAGUGCAUUGGCUGGAGCCAUAACCGGAGCAGCAUUGGCUCUCACCGGGAAAGACCACUCUCACGAGCAGGUGAUCCAGUGUGCUAUAACCGGAGCAGCCAUCUCCACUGCAGCAAAUGUCCUUAGAGGCAUUUUUUGAUGGAUGUUUUAGCUAUAUAUAUGCAUGUGUAUGUUUCUGCAUCUGCCUUAGCAUAUUCCUAGCAAGGAAGCUGUGACUUGAGGCAAAAUUGUCUUCAGAUUUUGAACUUUCAAGUUUGUCAUUUGCAUGGACUGCAGUUAUAAGAAGUU